UUGUCACUGUCAGUCUGUCAGUGAAGAGCUCAGUAAAUUUCACAAAAUAGAAAAUUCCUCUCGUGUUUAGAAGAAUUUAUUAAUUAUUUCUCUAGAAUUGAAUGUUAUAAGUUAUAACUAGAAACUAAAGCUAUGUGUUAAAACAAAACUGGUGGAAGUGUGUAGUUUUAAUUGUGAAAAAUGGCAACCGAUAUUGUUAACUGGAAUAACAAAGACGUAUUAGAUGUGUUACACAAAGAGAAAAUAUGUAAGGAAAUUAUAGAUAUUUGUAAACGGCAUGACAUGGACGGGCAGUGCCUGCUGUCGCUGGUGGACCGUGACUUCUACGAGUACCCGUUCAGCCACAACGGCAGCACGACGCUGGGCGAGCGCAAGCGGUUCAUCCUGCUGGUGAAGAAGCUGCAGAAGAACAACCGCAGCGCCAUGUUCGAGCUCGGUCUAUCCGAGGACUACGUGCUCAGCAACCCUUCCACAAACAUUAAUUUCCUCGGCACAAACCUCUCUCACCUCAGCUAUAAUCUCAGCAACGGCAGAGAAACUUCAGAAUUUCCAUUUAUAAAGAAUCCUGAGUUUGUCUCCAACUACGGGCCGGAUGUGAAGGCUUCCAGAUUAAAACCAGAGAUUUGGAAGACGGCUAUAGCUCUAGGCUAUGUGUUCCUUGUGACAUGGGUGACAGCCGUAGUGAUGGUGAUAGUUCAUGACAAGGUACCUGAUAUGAAGAAGUACCCGCCACUGCCUGACCUCUUCCUCGACAAUGUGCCACACAUUCCAUGGGCCUUCGACAUGUGCGAGAUCACUGGCUCUCUCCUCAUGGCCAUUUGGUUAAUAGUUUUAUUCUUCCACAAGCAUCGGUUUAUCCUUCUGCGAAGGUUCUUCGCACUGGCCGGGACUGUGUUCCUGCUGCGUUGCUUCACCAUGCUCAUCACCUCCCUGUCUGUGCCGGGGUCGCAUCUCAAGUGCGAGCCGCGCUCCUACCCGCCCGCCGACGACCUGACAGUCUGGGGCCGAAGGAUCCGCCAGGCCUACGACAUCUGGUCCGGGGCGGGCAUGUCUGUCCGGGGCGUGCGGACCUGCGGGGACUACAUGUUCUCGGGACACACCGUCGCGCUCACGCUGCUCAAUUUCUUCAUUACGGAAUACACAUGCCGCAGCCUGUACCUACUCCACAUCCUGACGUGGGUGAUGAAUAUGUUCGGCAUCUUCUUCAUCCUGGCGGCUCACGAGCACUACUCCAUCGACGUGUUCAUCGCCUUCUACAUCACGUCCCGCCUGUUCCUGUACUACCACACGCUGUCGAACAACCAGGCUAUUAUGCAGAGUGAUUCGUCCAGGACGCGAAUAUGGUUCCCGCUGCUAUCCUUUUUCGAAUCAGAAGUGGACGGGAUCGUGCCCAACGAAUACGAGGGUCCCGUAACCAUCAUCAACAACCUGCGGCUGUGGUGCAUGCAGAUGGCCACCGACGUGAAGGAGUCCACGGCAGCCAAGAUAUGCGGCUCUAAACUGCAAGAGGGCGCCGCCAUGGGGGAGUAUUCCGUGGUGAAACUGGUCGAUGGCAUAAAGAAGAAUCUCAGCCUCGUCGAAGAGUUCAAGAGCUCCCGGCAACGACUGGUCACUCUCGACAAGAACAUACAGGCGACGCUGCUAGAAGAUAGUGCUCCUGAUGAGCUCAGACAUCGCUCGCUGCAGGACAAGCAACCAGAGGACGCCCUCUUCAAAGACUUCAGCAAUCCCCCCUCGCCCAAAGCAAAGAAAACUAUAUGAAACAAUGUAGAGGCUAUUUAUAGAACUUUUAGCAGCAAUUUGAUUGUAUACAAAGAUGUUAGGAAGACUUGAAUAUUUUACAUUUCCAUUUUAGAUUUUAUAUCGUUAUUCCAUGUUAUUAUUUGUGUACUGUACCUGUAUCUAUAGUUGAUGUGAUGUAAGAAGUUAUUUAUUAAAUUUUGUUUGCUCAAUAUUGAUUGAGAAAUAGAAAUUUUAUUCUUAUUGUAAGUGCAUGUGGUGCAUCUUGAGAAUUAAAUAUUUCAACAGAUCAGA